CCACGGCAGUGGCACCCGGAGGGCCAGCGGAGCGUCAUUCAAUGGAAUGAUUGAUAGUAAUAAGAAAUAGGAGAAAAGAGCAGAAAGUAAACCAAAUAUGAUAUUUCAUCCACUCCAAGAUGGAAUUCUCAUGCAUACUGCUAUUCGUCUCAAAUAUGCCUAUUCGUGAUGUAGUUUGGUAUUCGUAUAACUUUUAAAAAGAUCUAGAUUGGAUUGCAUCUUUUUACCCUUGUCCUCUCAUUGAUUCCCCGCCUAAUAAUAAAAAGUGUCAAAAUAUGUGAUGAAAUGUUCCUUUCGUUCCAAGCGAAGGGCGAAUUUAUUGGUUUUCAUUCACUUCACUUCAUUCUGGUUUCAUUCCCAGAUGAAUGCUGUACGAUAAUUAUUCGUCCAAGUUAAAUAGUAAGUUUUAUCAACUUUCUACCAUUAAAAUAACAACCCGCCUACUUACACGUCCAAAGGAAAAUAAGUCCAGGCGCAAAGAUGGACCCCGCAGUCAGAUUCGAAUUAGAAAGAUAUGGCGAUGAUGUUCCAUUCCGAGCAAAAACAAAUCAUACACAAUCAACAUGGGCGAGAACAUUUCAUUCAUCUCCCGAAUUAUUCAUUCAACCCGAAUCCAUCGAUGAAGUAGAAAAGGUGGUCAAUCUUGCGCGAAAGUGUAGGAGAAGAAUUACAACUGUAGGAUGUGGUCAUUCUCCUUCAAAUAUUACUUGCACAUCGAGUUGGCUCAUUAACCUGGACAAUUUCAAUAAAAUCCUAUCUGCGGAUCGGGAAACGGGAGUGGUGGUUAUGCAAAGUGGUAUACGAUUGUACUCCGUGGGUGAACAACUUGAUGCUCUGGGUUUGGCAAUGCCAAAUUUGGGUAGUAUCAAUCAUCAAUCGAUUGCUGGCGCGAUUUCAACUGGUACUCAUGGAAGUACCUUACGACAUGGCAUCUUAUCAAGUUCGAUUUUGGAGUUGAAGAUGACUCUUUCGAAUGGUAAAACGGAAACUUGUUCACCAAAUGAAAAUGAAGAACUCUUUCGCGCUUCUCUCAUUUCUCUUGGAGCAAUUGGUAUCAUUACAGAAAUUACUUUUCAAGCAGUCCCAGCUUUCACUCUCUCAUGGGAACAAACCGUCGAUACCGAUAUUCGAAUGAUGAAUAAUUGGGAAAAGACACUUUGGACGCAAACGGAAUUCGUUCGAGUUUGGUGGUUUCCUUAUACAAGAAGAGCAGUUGUUUGGACGGCUGAAAAGACCGAUUUGGCUCCUGUUGCUCCUGCAAAAUCUUAUUAUGAUGCUUGGUUAGGAUAUCACGUUUAUCAUAAUCUUCUUGCUCUUGGACAUUGCAUUCCACGUAUCCUUCCAUGGGUGGAAUGGUUUGUUUUUGGUAUGCAAUAUGGUUUUCCUAAUGGUUCAAAGAGUUCUGCUAUUCAACCAUCUCGUCAAGCACUUCUCAUGAAUUGUCUUUACUCUCAAUUCGUUAACGAAUGGGCAAUUCCAAUUUCCAAAGGUCCAGAGGCUAUCAAAAGAUUAAGUUCUUGGCUCAAUCAUCUUAGUCCGGAGGAUCCAGAUUAUGUUGAGCAUGGUAUUCCAUUUUCAGCAGAUGGUCUUUAUGUUCAUGCACCAGUUGAAGUUCGCGUCACGGAAACAAGCAAUAGUACUACUCCUCGUCCACAUCUCGAUCCUACUUGUACAGAAGAAGCAACUCUUUACUUGAACGCAACGCUUUAUCGUCCUUAUGAUAUGGAUCCACCAUGUCACGAGAGAUAUUAUCAAGGGUUUGAAUACUUGAUGCGAGAAUUAGGUGGGAAACCUCAUUGGGCUAAGAAUUUCGAAACAACAGGAUCAGAUAUUGAGGAAAUGUAUGGAGAUAAUUUGAAGGAAUGGAGAAGGAUAAGAAAUAAUGCAGAUCCAGAAGGAAUGUUUGUGGGAGAAUGGCAUAGGAGAUUUAUAAUGGGUGAAGGACCUAAAUUGACGCUUGAGGAAGUGGAAGUUAGGAGAAAGAAGCUUAGAAAGGGAGGUGUUUUGGUUGAGGGUGUUGUUGGAGGAUUUAAGGAUGAGGAAGGUAGUGAAAGUGGAGAGUCUUUUGAUAUGUUGAGGGCUAGUGAGAUGAAGUGAUGGAGGGAAAGUACUGGACAUGCAGUGAUAGUUUGUUUGUUCGUUUUUACAUAUCCAUGAAUGAGCAUACAUGAAUAUUCAUCAUGAUAAUAAAUGAGUAGCCUUAUGAUAUAUAUAUUAAUAGAAAAGAAGAAAGUAAAAAAAAAAAAAUUGUUUUAAUUAGAUAUCAA